AUGUCUCACACACCCAUUCACCCGGUGGUCACCGUCAACAACAUCAAGAAUUUUAUUCCUUUGAUUCUUGAUAGCCAAACCGAACACUACAACACAUGGGCUGAGCUAUUCAUUCUCCAUCGCAAAGCCUAUGAUGUGUUGGACCACUUGAAACCCCGUGUCACUGCCACAUCUUCUUCAACCGAAACAGCAAAAGAUAAAGACAAAGAACAACCUCCCAAGCAUGCCUAUCUUGAGUCAUGGGAACGCAUAGACUCCAUUGUUCUACAAUGGAUCUAUGCUACCAUCUCUCAGGACCUCAUGCACACGAUUAUGAUCACUAAUACCACUGCAUAUGACGCUUGGUGUCGACUCAAGAAUCUCUUUCUCGACAAUCAAGCGGCCCGCACCAUCACCAUACAAAACAAAAUUUUCAACGCCCGUCUUGAGCAAUUCUCUACCAUGACCGAAUAUUGUCAACACAUGAAACUGCUUCAUGACCAACUUACCAGUCUCGGGUCGACUGUCUCCGAGAACCAGCUUGUUCUACAAAUACUCACUGGAUUAACGGAUCAAUACGAGAACAUCUCACUCAUAUUACCGCAGACACAGCCGCUUCCGGAUUUUUUCAAAACAAGAUCUCGUCUUUGCCAAGUUGAAGAACGGAAAAACGCUCAAGCCAAGUUGUCGGCUCAGUCAGCCGGAACCGCUCUUCAUGCCUCCACGGAUCAACCCGCUCGUGCUCAAACCGACACUCGCACUUAUAUCUGGUUUGAUAACUCCUCCGAACGUGGUCGCGGCUGA